AUGGCAAACAUUAUGAACUACUCUACAUCGCCCCGCGUAGACAACGUGAGCAUCCGCCUGAAUACCCGCAUCAUCGCCGCAAUUGUCAGCACGCCAACAAUAAAAUUCGAGGGUGUCACGCGUACAAAGCGGUCAACAUACUGGCAGGCGCACAAGAACUCGUUUUUGAAGGUGGACAACAUCCCUGUAUAUGUUUUCCCUCCCCCCAAGCACCUCUUGUCAUUGUUCUGCUUGGCGGAGAUGUUGCGUAAAUGGAAAGGGGGGAAACGCGGUGUACAACGUUGCGAGGAGAGCGGACCGCUCAGGCAGCCAUCGUACCGGCAGGGCCUUAUUAGCUGCUGGCAUGAAGAGGCCGUUGCGUUGCCGGUAGACCAUGGCCAGACUUUCUCCGUCCACUGUUCGGGUACGGCCAAGCUGACUCAGAUUGCAUGUACCACAUCGGAGUCAUAUUUCAGUUAUUCACAAGUAAUGAUCACAGCCAUAUCAACGACGAGUGAAGCUGAGCGAGAACGCCUUAGCUGUCCGAUAUGA